AUGCCUCGGACCUUCACAAGAGCUACAAUAGCUGAAUCAUCGACGACCCAACAGACUUUCAUAUUCCCUAAAGACAGCCAUCUCAUCAUCACAACUUCUGGUGGCAUUUUUUCCUGGGACCAUGAUGGAGUCAAGCGACUCUUCAGCAGCAGUAAAAAGGGCAUACUGGCAGCGAGAGAAGCAAAAGAUGGAAGUCAGAUGCUUGCUGUAGCGGAUGAGCAUGUAGUCGUGUUGCAUGACUGUAAAAGAGGACGCGAAGAAAGCUGGGGUCUGAGCGGCAACGAGGGCAUUGUGCGCCUCUUAGAGUAUGGGCCGGACGCAAAGUCUCUCUUUUUGAGUACCUCCUUGACUGGUGCGAUUCAACAUUACUCAAUUCGCGAAUCUAAGUUGCUCGACUCACCAUCUAGUCACCCUUCUGCACCGACCGUUCUAGCAGUAUCACCCACAUCACACCUGAUACUGUCCGCUUCCGAGAAUCCUACUGUUGUGUACCUCCGAAAUCUCACCCUCAGAACAUCUGCUAUUCAACUGCAUCCGUCUGCAAGCAGUGCGGCGAUUGCAGCAGCAUCUUUUCACCCUGGACGACCGAAUGUUUUUUUACUUGCUUUCAAGGACGGCAGUAUUGCUGCCUAUGAUGCCACUAAAAUCGCACGUAACAAGGUCGGUGCCCCCAACAAGUCUUGUAUGUCCACCAAUGGCCAUACAGGCGAGAUUUCGCACUUCAAAAAUCUGCAUCGCAUUACGAACGUCAGGAACAUGUCAGACCCUCCAGAUGCUUCAACGAACACCACGAUUGGAAGUAAAAGUAUUGCAAUCACCGGCGCAGCUUUUCUCCCUGGGUUUAUGACCCGUGCAGUCAGUGUCGGCGCUGAUGGAAGAUGUAGACUUGUUGAUUUCGAAGCCGGUGGCAAGAUACUACGUACCUGGCAUGCACAAGCACCUGUCACUUCAUUGUCUGUUCUGGCGGCUAAGGUACAGCCGCAGCCUGUGAAGAAGAUAGGACACAGGCAAAUAUCCGGAGCCGUAGAAGGCCCCAUCGAGACCAAGACCAUCAUCGCUGUAGGAAGAGUUGAUGGUCAAGUACUACUGUUCGACUCGGUCGGCUUGCGUCUAGAUCAAGUCAUUGUCAAUGACCUGGGCGAGAAGAUUAUCAGUGUGGACUGGAUGAGAGGUCCUAGCCCGCAUGCGAUCCCGAACUCGUUUCAGUCCACUUCCGCCCAGAAGCAAGCUCAUCACGCUCUGUCGCCCAACAACGGUCGUUCUGGGACGAUCAAAGAGUCGAGUCUGCUGAAAGUUUUGAAGCUACCUUCAGGUGCCGUCUUCGAUCCUGUUCAGGUACUACCUGAGGUCAUUGUCUACAUCUCCGAGACUGAAGAUGUGUCAACUGUACGGCAUACGCCAAAUACCGGUGCGGUCGUUCGUUCAACUGUUGCUGAGACCACCUACCUAGACCUCUUCUCUCCGGUCAAGAAGGUAUCACCUCCACGAGCGCGUAAAAGUCCAGUAUCAUCUCCGCGCCUUCGCCGAUCGCGACUCUCGAGUCACACUUUUGUCAAGUCGAGCAGUCCAGGAUCUACGUUGAGAGAGCUUGAUCCCGUCACAGAGUCCUCUGAAUACACCGAACACAUAUCCAUCAAGCCUCUAAACGCAUCAGUCGCAUCAAAACAGACACCCCCUCCUGCAGUUGCUCCUCCCGCUUCUGCUCAACGCGGACCCAGAUCAGCGCGUAAGAGAGUCCACAUCCAUGCAACUCAUAGUCAAGUCCGAAGUCCUGGAUCUUCUGCAGUCAUUAGAAGAAAUGGCAAAGUCCUCGCAGAUCUGAGAAAACUCAGUACCGGUAACUCUGCUCAGUCGAAAAGAGGCGGAAGUGCCGCCCUGUUCGCCCCAUAUAUGAAUCGUACUGGCAUUACAAAUCUUCCAAGGACUGGGACGCAGCAACUAGUCGAAGAUGAACCAAAGUUGCCUCGUCAAACUCAACAAAGUGAGCAUGGACAUGAACGUCGUCGCCACCAAACUCCACAGGAGAGAAAGUUCGAGUGUGUGUCUGAGAGCCGCUCGUCAGACAGAGAUAUCUGGCUGUCCGCUGGCUCGUCAGAUGAGAUUUGCAAUCGACGAGACUAUGUCAGACAUACGUACUACCACGCUCGAACAAGACAAGCCGAACAGUCUCAGGUUCUGACACAACAUGUUCAACAGCCUCAAGCUCGCCCAAGACAAGCCGGGCAGCCUCACGCACAGCUCCCACUUGCUCACGAGGCUUCAAGACCCAAACGUGCGCCGUUUGUCCCAAUCUUGAAGCCCGAGCCGGCCCAUGGAGCUACACCUAUAUCACCAAGACCACAAAACUCAGGCAAAGAAGCUGCCGUACUCUCAAUGUCGGAAGAGGCCAUGUUCAGUGCCUCUGUUUCCACGGAGUUCUUCUAUCUACUCUACCUCUCCUUCUCAACGGCAGUCACCUCGAAGGUCGCCGAAGAGACAUGUGCAGGUCUUGAGGGAGGAAGAAGAGACGACAAGAGUGAUACCGAAUUCUACUGA